AACUAGUAUGAUGUGAGAACCGAAAGCUUGACAGCUCAACCUCGUCUGCUAACUGAUCCGUUCGAUGGUGGUGGCCUCCGCCACUCCGCCGGCCGCGGCCGCGGCCGCGGCCGCCACCGCCAGCCAUAGCCUCCAACAUCCUCCUUACAAGGGGAUGAUAGUGGCCGCUGUGAAGGCGCUCAAGGAUAAGCGAGGGUCCAGCGCCCAAGCCAUCAGCAAGUUCAUCCGUAGCACCUACUCCGAUCUUCCCUUGAAGCACGGCGCCAUUCUGAAGCGCCAGCUCGGCCGCCUCAAGAAGCGCGGCGUUCUUCUCAUGGUCCGGCACUCCUACAAGCUAGCCUCCGCCGUGGACGGCGGUAUUCCGGUGAAAGGGGAGAAGAGGAGGCCGGGUCGCCCUCGCAAGGUCGCGCCUGCUGCGGAGGGAGAAAGGCGGAAGCCUGGUCGGCCGAGAAAGAACAAUGCGGAAGAUAGUAAGUCGGAUUCCGGUGCCUACGUCCCGAAACGGAAGCCCGGGCGGCCCCGGAAAUCUGCAGACGUGGGGAAUGCGUCGGAUUCUCUUGCUUCAGUGCCAACCCCCAAACGGAAGCCUGGACGGCCCAGGAAGGGUACGAUAGCAGCUCCAGUGCUUUUGGUAAAGCGGAAGAGGGGCCGACCGCCAAAGUCGUCACUUGCCGCAGCUAAUCCCGACGAGAGAAACUGGAGUCAGCCACCUGCCGAAGCAGCUCAGUCCGGUGAAAACCAGAUACUUGGUGGACCGCCAUUAGCAUCAGCGGCUUCAGCUUCACCGAAGGACAAGAGGAAGCCUGGUCGGCCGCCGAAAUCGUCGUCAGACCCAUCGCAAUCCGCUGCAAAGCUGAAGCUUUUCCCGGCGCCAAAUGAACCCGUAGCCGGAGCUGAGUCCAGUGGUAAGAGGAAGCGGGGCCGGCCACGAAAAUUUUCCUAUCACGCAAUUCUAUCCGGUGAAUCCCCAGCUGAGCCACCCAAAGAAGCAGCAACAAGUGGUGGUUCGCCGUCUGACAAGCGGAAGCCUGGUCGUCCACCGGGAAGUGCCUCAAAGAAACUAAAUGAAACCGGGAGUAAGAAACGCGGCCGCCCCAAGAAGCACGACAUUCCCAUGCCCACAGUAGAGGGACCAGACACGGCGGCGCUGAGUAUCAAGCGGCGAGGGAGGCCUCCCAAGAAGAAGGAUUUAGAACCAACAGCAUGAAGGUGUGAAUCAAUCUUCUCUGAACUAAUGCAUAGAAUUAGCGUGACUCAAUUUUCUGCUCUAGGUUUGCAAAGACAGACGCGAGGUAGAUAAUCGUGCUUCGCCAUUUUGUUCUUGUGUAUCUUUGCCAAGUUCUUAGUUUGGUAGGUGUCGAGUAGAAUUGCUUGCUUGUUUGCUCAAACUAAUUUACAAUUUAGAAAGUAGAGCUUGACUUCUUUAAGAUUCCAAUUGUUAUGAAAUUUAUAGCUAUUGCAUUGGAUCUUCUCUGUCAA